AUGGAGUCCAAAAGAAAAGCUCAGAUCGAUCUGAGACAGAGAUUCAACACAGAUCCAACUCUCAAGAAGCGAAAGAACAAGGACAUACCUUUGGGAUUUGCAGAGAGAAAAGACAAAUCUGAUCGGAGGAGCCUCAAAUUCCGUGCACCCCCUACUAUUUUAGCAAGCCUGAAAGCACCACGAGCGACACAGCAGGUGAACAUCCCCACCAUUGAUCUGAAAGGAGGAAGCGUACACUACAAGGAUCAAGACUUGACGACGCGGAGGAACGUUGUGGAGCAGAUCAGAGAAGCGUCUGAGAAAUGGGGUUUCUUCAGAGUAACCAACCACGGGAUCUCGCUCGAGUUGCAGGAGAGGAUGCUUGGAGGGAUUCGUGGGUUUCACGAGCAAGACUUGCAAGUUAGGAAGCAAUUCUACUCUCGUGAUCACACUCGAAACUUUCUUUACUACACCAACGUUGAUCUCUUCACCUCUGCCUCAGCCACCUGGAGAGACACCGUUAUUUGUUAUACGGCUCCGGAUCCUCCCCGAUCUCAGGACUUGCCCGCCGUCUUCGGGGAUGUCAUGUUGGAGUACUCAAAGGAAGUGAUGAGUUUAGGUGAAUUGAUCUUUGAGCUUCUGUCAGAGGCUUUAGGAUUGAACACUAACCACCUCAAGGAAAUGGAUUGCGCCAAGUCUCAAAUGAUGACUGGCCAGUACUACCCACCUUGCCCUCAGCCUGACCUUACUUUAGGCUUAAGCAAGCACAGUGAUUUUGCUUUUCUCACCGUUCUACUUCAGGACAAUAUUGGAGUUCAAGUUUUCCAUGACCAAGCCUGGAUGGAUGUUCCUCCUGCCCCUGGAGAUCUUGUCAUUAACAUUGGAGAUCUUCUACAGUUCAUAACCAAUGACAAGUUCAUAAGCGCGGAGCAUAGGGUGAUAGCGCAUGAAUCUUCUGAAGCGCGUGUUUCAGUGCCAUGUUUCUUCACCACGUUCAAGAAGGCGAAUCCUCGAGUAUAUGGACCCAUCAAAGAGCUCCUCUCAGAAGAUAACCCUCCCAAGUAUAGGGACUGUUCCAUCACCGAGUUUUCAAACAUCUUCAGUUCAAAAGAGAUCACCAUUACUAGGUUACUCCAUCUCAGGAUCUGA